AUGUCAACAGCAGCUGCUUCUUCGGCUACUCGUCAUCAGUCCAGCUCUUCAGCUGCGGCCACAGGCUCUUCGGCAUCUUCCUCACCCUCAUUAUCUCCUCGCCCGCCGACGUCUCCUCCUCCCACGAUCGCAUCUCCUUCAGUUGCCCAUGCCCAUGCUCACGCACAAAUUCCCUCCGCAGCGCAGCAGACUUCGCCGCCGCCUCCGCCUCCGCAACUACAGUCCACGCUCCCGUCGGCCGAGACACAGCGCCACGUAGCGGAAGCACGUCGCGCUGUGGUCGCAACGCUGGAGAACAUGAUGGACUCUGAGCUGCAAUGGCGCGCAUCUACGUUGCAUUCCAAUGCUGCGGCGCUGAGCAAGCAGGCGCAGGAUGUGCAGCGUGCGACUGAAGGACUGCGUCGCGAAAACGUUAAGCUUGCGCGGGAGGCAGACGCUGCGGCGCGGAGGCUAAAGGAGCUCGGCAACGUGCAGAACUGGGCUGAGGUGCUGGAGCGCGACUUUCUCGUUCUGGAGGAGACUGUCAGACUCGCGAAUUCCGAUCGUAGCUGUAGCUGCAGCGAAUGUGGAAGCUAUACUGGGAGUGAGAGUGACGGUGGUGAUGUGGACGAGGAUGAGGGUCGGCGGGCCAUGAAGCUUGACGAAGAAGAGAGGGGCAAGGGUGUCGAAGGGCGCAAAACGCUCGAUGUUGAGAUGGAUAUCGAUUCGGAGAACCAUGCGCCGGGCACGUUUUCCGAUGCUAGUAGGAGCUUGACAGAGGCAGACUCCAGCGUGGGUAGGGGGGCUAAGGGAUCAGAUACGGCUUCUAUGUCAACGAUCUCACGAUGA